GAAGGAGAAGAGAAGGGACCGGGAGAGGAAGAGUAAACAACCCCCAUCUCUUUGAAAUUUCUUUAAAGUAGCAAAAUUUGACUUAUUUGAUGAUGAAUCGCUCCGUUGGACGUUUUAGUCAAAUUCCUCGUGGCUUGUUUUCCAAGAAGGCUUUUUCUCCGGUCUCAAGAGGCUACAGCAGUGAAGCCAAGUUGAGCUGGUUGGAAGAAGUUGAAGCUGAACAAGAACACGCCAAACGCUCGAGUGACUUUUGGAAGAAGGUGACCUACUAUGUUGGUGGCCCUGCUUUGAUUUUGUCUAGCUUGAAUGCUUAUUACAUUUACAAGAAGCAUCAAGAACAUGCUGAACACCAUCAUAACCCUGAAGUGGAUAUUCCCUACACGUUUGAAAACUUGCGUUUCAAAAAGUACCCUUGGGGUGACGGAAGCAAGACUCUUUUCUGGAAUGACAACGUUAAUCAUUUGAAGAACGAAUAAGAAGGCAGUUGAAUGCUUUUCUUUAGACGGAAUUGUUUGUUUCAGUCUUUUCUUAUUUUUUCCCUUUUUCCAAUUAUUACGUUGUAAUUUGAUAAGUAUGGUUUCCUUUGGAAGGAAUUUCAGAACCCAUUGCUUCCCAUACAUAGUUGAGAAUGAACAGUGAAUUGCAACCAAAAGUACAAAACGUGUGUGUCUAUUUUUUCGAUUCAUUUCUUCAAACCAGUCAAAGGUUUUCC